AAUGCAAAUAUGCCCGCUUUGCCCCGCUGCACAUAGCGCUCGCCGAGUUUCAAAUUAUAUUCAUAAUGCUGAAGUUUAGAAAUUAAACAGAAUUUGAUAUAUUGAUUAAAAUGUCAAGAAUUAGUGUAAUAUAAGGAAUAUGUAAAUUCUCCUUUGCUUGCGGCGUCGCAUUGUGUUGUGCGCUCGAUUUGCUUGCAGACUGCAGAAACUGUGCAGUGUGCAGACUAGAGCUUUACUACCUAUACAUAUAGGUAUUAUAUAAAUAGGUAUAGUAAACGUAUCAAAAAAAUUGAGGUUAACUUACAAGUAAUAAUAACGAGAUAACAAACAUUUAAUAGACAAAGUAUUUCUGAAAUUAAUGUAAUUAAAGCCAAAAGAACAGUCCAGCGUUAUUCUGACAUGUAAAGUUUUGCAACUAAAGUAUAGGAAUUUACCUACUGCUAAUUUGGAUACUGCAUUAAAUAAUUUUUUCAUAUAAUACAAAAACUGCACUCUUAAUAAAACAAAAGUCAUAGCUUGAAUUGCAGCAACCAGCAUGUCGAAAGAUACUAAGACUAUUCUAAAGGAAGCUAGAGAACUUUUGAAACAAAAAGAAUUCAACACAACUAUAAAAAUAUGCAAGAAGGUACUGAAAGAAGACAAACGCAAUUACAAUGCUCUGGUGUUGAUGGGAGCUGCAAUGCGAGAAGUGAAAGAACUGAAAAGCCAAGUACCUAAGACAUUAAAAAAGGCAACCGACAUUCAACCCGACAAUCCUCUGGCUUGGCAUGGAUUACUCGUCCAUUAUGAAGGAGAACCAAAUAGUAUUGAAAUAUGUGCUGAACUGAUUCCUGUCUAUAAUAAGCUUUUACAAUUGGAAAAGGAUACAACAAAGUUUAUAUUAUACUUGAAAAAUCUUUCUGAAUCUUUACUCCAGGCAAAUGAUGAUAAAGCUUUAUCCGAAUGCAUUGCAACGUUGUGCAAAUUGAAAGCAAAAGAAGAAACUGAUGUAGAAAAAGUCAAACUAAUUAAUGAAACAAUAGCAUCAGUUUUAACACAGUACCCUAAAAUUACUAAUGAACUGGAUGAAAUAUUAGAGCAAGUAUUAUCGAUUCUUAUUCAAGAUGAAAAUUCAAUUAAUAGACAUGACUAUUAUAAGAGAUAUCUGAAACUGCUUUAUAAGUCUGAAAAGUUUGAUAAGCUUAUAUCUGAAGCUGCAAAAAUGUACUCAAUUUUUAAUCAAGACAUUUAUCCUUUAGAAUGGAUUUGCCGUGCGUAUUCAGAAUAUGUUAUUAUUCAUGACUCGUCAUGCAAAAAAAUCGAUAUUCCUAUGUAUUAUGAAACAUUGUUGGAUCAUGAUUCGGAAUCUAUUCUUGGAUAUUUUGCUAAGGCAGUGUAUUUGUAUCAAACGAGGAGUUUAAUAAAUGCCAGAAAUAUUCUCAGUCAUCUGGUUCAUGUUAAGCCAAAAUGGUUUCAUGCGUGGCUUUUAUUAGGUAAAAUUGACAUAUCUCUAUAUUGCUGGGAAGAUGCUGAAACAGCUGCAUUGCAUGCUGAAAAACUUAUACCUGAAGGAGAUCCUCAAAAUUUGCGCCAUGUUAUAAAUUUACUAUUACUUGAGGCACUCAUUAAGAGUUCUAACAAACUUAAAUGGAUGAAAGCUGAAUCUAAAUUCGAGGAAUUAUCAGAUGGCUCAGUAAAAAGUUCCAUACUACGCGCUCAUCUUUACGUUCUCUUAAGGGACAAACGCGCAAAAGUUUUGAUAAAUAAUCUGAAAAAUGAUCAAAAUACAAAAAUAGAAGGUACAGUGCUUCAUGCCAUGGAUUUAUUGCAAGAGAGACAUUUGGAAGAGGCUGCUGAUGUUUUGGGGUCCAUACUAGAAACAUCGGAGGCAUGGCUUACUUUGGGAAAAAUUCAUUGGGAGAUGGCUGAUUAUGGACACAGCUUGAUGGCAUUUCUAAAAGGCAUACGUGCUGAUCCGAACAAUUGGGAAUGUUUAGUUUAUUUAGGUAGAUAUCAUCAAGAACACUCAAAAGACUAUGACAGAUCCAAAAAGUGCUAUCAAAAAGCUCUACAAAUUAAUCCUAAUUCUGAGCAAGCUGGCAUUGGUCUAAGUUUGGUGCACAGACUUUUAAAAAACAAUGAAGAAAAUUUAAAAUUAUUGACUCAAUUGACAAAUCAAGGUAGAGGACCUAAGUGGGCAUUACUUCAACUUGGUUUGCAGUACCUUGAUCAGGGCAAUUCCAGUGAAGCUGUUGCAAUCCUUCGAAAUGCUGUAAAAGCUGAUCCGAUCGAUAGCAAUUGUUGGGAAUGCCUUGCAGAUGCAUAUUUAGCUCGAGGUGCUCAUUUAUCUGCCAUAAAAUCUUAUGAACGAGCCCUUAAGUUGAAUUCAGAAUCCAUAUACUCCAUGACACAACUUUCAAAUAUCAAACUGUUAGUAGGUGAAAAAGCUCUUGCAAAGGAAGAUUUUUUGAAAAUCCUUGAAAAAAACGAACGUAAUGUAACAGCUUUAAAAGGCCUAGCUGAAUGUUGUUUGAGACUUGGUCAGGACUAUGCAAAAGCCCAACUUUUAGCGAGAGCUAGAGAAAAUUUCCAAGAAGCUGUAGACAAUGCAACGAUAGCCAUCAAGGAAAAGAGUACAUUUCUCUGCAACUGGAAAUUACUGGGAGAUAUAUGCUAUAAUGUAGCAGCUCUGCCAGAAAAAUAUUGUUAUUUAACUGUGGUUCCAGAACUAGUUCAGUCUGAUUCCAAAAACUUUAAUAUUACUAUUACUCAGAAAGAUAUACUUUUACUGGCAUCAAGAUGUUACUGCAGAGCAUUGAGCAUGUCAAAAAAUUCUCCACUUCUGUGGCACGAUUUAUCACGCUGUUAUUUUGCACAAUUGCAUUUGGAUACUUCAAUAGAUCCAAACGAAAUUGCAAAUAAAAGUCUGGCAGCAGCUAAAGAAGCAGUGAAAAUCGAUCCUUCUAAUUGGUUCCACUGGAAUUUGUUGGGAGUUAUUUGCAUGUCAAAUGAAAUAAAAAACUAUGCUCUGGCUCAACAUAGUUUUGUGAUGGCGAUUGAAACAGAACCUAACAAUGCAGUUUCUUGGACAAACCUUGGUUGUUUGUAUUUACUUUUAGAGGAUCUAUAUCGUGCAAAUAAAGCUUUUUCAUGGGGUCAAAAAAUUGAUCCAGCUUAUAUCAACUGUUGGAUUGGCCAAGCUUUGAUUGCAGAACAAGUAUCACAAAAUGAUGCAAUGGAUUUGUUCCGGCAUGCUACACAGCUUGGCUAUCAUCACGAGGCUGCUGUUGGUUAUACCCAUUGGGUAAUUAAAACUAUAAUGGAUUCUAGAGCCAAACAAGACCCACUUUACACUUAUGUAAUUGAAAAUAUGCAUGCGGUAACAGUUGCCUCUGAUGGAAUACAGUGGUACACAGUUCAUUAUCCAAAUGAUCCAUAUGCAUUAAAUGCUUAUGGAUUGUUAUUGGAAAGACAAAAGCUUUACAAACCAGCAACUGAACGAUUUUCUACUGCUUUGGAAUUCAUCAAAGACAACAAACACAAAGAUUUAUUGAGCAUAAAUUUAGCUCGUGUCUUGGUACAACAAGAACACUAUGAAGAAGCAGUGAAAAUUUGUUUAUCAAUCAAAGAGGCAAGCUUCGCAUCCCAUUGUCAGUUAGCCAUAUCAUUGUUCAAAGCUGAGCAUUUCAAAGAAUCUUAUGAAGCAUACAAAGCAGCGGUAGAAUGGUUAGCUGACAGUGAUUCUGAUAAGGCACAUGUACUAUGUGCAAUGGCAUCAAUGGCCUACAUGACUCAGGAAAGUACUGCUGCCAAAACACUUCUCUUCCAAGCUGUUGAAAUCAAGCCUCCUAUUAUUUCUGGUUACUUAGCAUUAGCUGCUUUGGGAAUGCUUGAUGGAGAUAAACAUCUUACAGAUCUGGUUUUAAAAGAUCUCAAGACUCAUGAUAACAAUUCAGAAUACAGAAAUCAUAUUGUCAAACUUAUGGCUUAUUCGUGUCUUAUUCAGAAUGACAGAGAAGGUGCCUCUAAAGUAUUUCGCCAGUACAUCCAUUGUUACCCAGAUUCAUCUGAGCUUUGGAGUGAUCUAGGCAAAAUCUUAUUAACUAUAAGUGAUGAUUCGUUCUAUAAAUGCGUCGAAAAAGCUCUAUUUUUGAGCGAAAACCUAUCAAGUGAACAUAUUGCAAAGAUUAUCUGCAUGUCGUCUCUUAGUAAGCUAAUUACAUCGAGUCCAAAUAAAGGUCUUCGUGCAGUUUUAAAUACAGUACAUUCAUACCCAGCCAAUGUUGACAGUUGGUCUAAUCUCAUAACUGCACUUUUACCAAGAUGGGCUAAGAUUUCACAACAAAAUGCUCAUUGGUUGAUGGUUUUGGCAUCAAGGGUUCGAAAUAAUCUAUCAUGUACAAGAAGUAUGGAGCAAUGGCUUUUAAAAAAUGAGAAACAAGCAAAUGACAUCGCUUAUUGUUAAAAUUUGUGCAUGUAUAAUAUAUAUUUAAUAUAAAACUCAUUUAUUUUAAAUUUUUUUAAAGAUGUACUUUAGUAAAUUUAUCGGAAAGUCAAUAAUAAUGAAUUAUACGAUU